AUGUCGCCCCUGCAGGCUUGGCUUGCCUGCACUUCGCGUGCGGAGGAGUCUGUGGCACAUGGACUCGGCAGGGUGGCGAAAUCCUGUGCUCGCAACCCAUGGAAGUGUGUUGCAGUGACCGUCGUGGGCUGCCUGCUUUGUGCGCUGGGGGUUCUGCGUUUCACGGCUGUGAGCGAAGCUCGUGAUCUUUGGGUGGAUCAAGGAUCACAGGUCAUGAAGGACUUGGAGUGGACUGAGAAGUACUUCACCUCCGCGGGCCGCGUGAAUCGCGUCUUGGUCACGGCGAAGGAUGGUGGGAACAUUCUGCGACCGGAGACGAUGGUCGAAAUCUUCCGCAUGGCUGAUGAUGUGAAA